AUGAACUCGUUGGUUCUCCCAGAGGUCGCCAAGCUAGACGCCAAGGAUGCCGCCUGGCCCGCCGCCCGGGCGGGAGGCGCAGAGCCAGCAGCGGGCGGCAGCAGCUCGUCCCAGGCUGCCAACGGUGGAGAUGCGCUGAUGGGUGCAGGGGCUGCUGGAGGGGCGGACAAGGUUGGCGCCAAGGGGAAGAAAGAGAAAGAGAAGGAGAAAGGGAAAGCAGAGGGGAAGAGGAAGGGCAAGGGGCCCAAGGGGCGCAUGGUGUUUGGUGUGGACUCUGAGUCAGAGGACGAGGGGGGAGGGGCAGGCGAGUCAGGGGAGGAGGAGGAGGGCGAGGAGGGAGGGGAGGGAGGCAAGAAGGGAGAGGAGGAGGAUGCGGAGUUUGUGAAGCGAGUGACAGCCGUGGCGCAGACCAAGGCGGAGAAACUCGCCCCUGUCGACCACUCGCAGGUGCAGUGCCUUCAUCCAUGCACAUUGUCGACUACACGCCCCUGUGGUGGGAAAGGGGGACCGGAUUUCCUCCUGGGUGCGUGCGGCGUGCCUACCUUCUCGUCCCCCGGUGGACCGCUGGCAGACGCACUACAAGCAGUUCCGCUCGAACCUGCGAUGCAUUACGAGCCAUUCAGGAAGAACUUCUACAAGGAGGUGAAGGAGGUGGCGAAAAUGACAGCGGACGAAGUGGCGCUAUAUAGGCGCGAGCACGAGUUCAAGCUGCGCGGCAAGGACGUGCCGAAGCCGGUGCACACGUGGGUGCAGAGCGGGCUGAGCAACAAGGUGCUGGACGUGCUCAAGAAGAUGGGGUUCGAACGGCCCAUGCCCAUCCAGGCGCAGGCGCUGCCUAUCGUGAUGAGCGGACGAGAUUGUAUCGGGAUCGCCAAGACGGGAUCUGGGAAGACGCUGGCGUUCGUGCUGCCCAUGCUAAGGCACAUCAUGGACCAGCCCCCACUGCAAUCCGGAGACGGUCCUAUCGGCCUCAUCCUGGCGCCCACGAGGGAGCUCGUGCAGCAGAUCUUCACGGACAUCCGCCGCUUCGCGCGCCCCCUCGGCCUCUCCUGCGUGCCCGUCUAUGGCGGCUCCGGCGUGGCACAGCAAAUCAGCGAACUAAAACGCGGCGCCGAGGUCGUGGUGUGCACGCCCGGGCGCAUGAUUGAUAUUCUGGCGACCAGCAACGGGCGCAUCACGAACCUGAAGAGGGUGACUUACUUGGUGCUGGACGAGGCGGACCGCAUGUUUGACAUGGGCUUUGAGCCGCAGAUCGGGAGAAUUAUCGGGAACACGCGGCCGGACCGGCAGACUGUAUUGUUCUCGGCCACGUUCCCCCGCCAGGUGGAGACCCUGGCGAGGAAAGUGCUCACCAAACCGAUCGAAAUCCAG